UCCCGUUCCUCCACGGCCCCUGCGGCUGCUAAAACACAUUUCAGCAUCACACCACAAUUACUAAAUGUUUCUCUGGCCAUUAACGAUCAGUGAUCUCUUCUCAACAAAAAUGGUUGUAAUUAGGGAGGUAGCAUAACAGUGAUGUUGUGCAACUUCAUCAAUUCUCUUCCGUCAAGCUCGCAAUCUCCGACCUGGCGGAAUUUACGCCGUCGAAUUAGCUUCAUUGCUGCUAAUAUCCAUGCUCCUCUACCGUCUCGGCCGCCGCUCGCCAAGCUUCAUAGCCUCUCUCUCCUUUCUGACCAGUGUACAUCAAUGCACCAACUAAAGGAAAUCCACGCCCAAAUGAUCAUCACUGGCCGUAUUCAUGACAACUAUGCCGCCAGCCGUUUAUUUUCCUUUGCGGCUCUCUCUCACGCCGGCGACUUGACUUACGCGUUGGAAAUUUUCCGAAGCAUUCAGGAGCCCAACUCAUUCAUGUGGAACACCCUCAUUAGAGCCCAAGCGAGUAGCUCAGAACCACAAGAAGCCUUGUCUCUCUACUUAUUGAUGCGCAGGCUUGGCGUUACCCCCGGUAAACAUACCUUCCCUUUUUUACUCAAAGCUUGCUCCAACAUGAAGGAUUUAUGCGCCACUCAACAGGUUCACAUCCAUGUGAUCAAGUUCGGGUUGCAUUUAGAUUUGCAUGCUGUUAAUGGAUUGAUCCGUGCUUACUCUGUGUCUGCUGCUUUGAGCCAUGCCCGCAAGCUGUUUGAUGAGUUUCCUGAAAAACAAACAACAAUAUGGACAACGCUGAUAUGUGGGUAUGCUCAAAAUGAUGACAGUUCUGGGGAAGCAGUUAAGUUGUUUGAACUAAUGAUUUCUACGGGGGUGGAACCCAUUGCGGCCACUCUCGCAUCUGUGCUAUCUGCUUGUGCACAGACCGGUUGUUUGGAAAUGGGGAAAGAAAUUCAUGUAUACAUGGUGGAGAAAGGGAUAAGAGUGGGAGUGAUCCUAGGUACAGCACUGGUAAAUAUGUAUGCAAAGAAUGGGGCAAUAGUCCAAGCAACUAAGUGUUUCUUUAGUAUGACAGAAAAGAACAUUGCAACUUGGAAUGCAAUAAUAAGUGGGUUGGGAGCUCAUGGAUAUGUCAAAGAAGCAAUUAACUUGUUUGAGAAUUUACUAGUGGAAGAAAAUUUGAAGCCAAAUGAUAUAACAUUAGUAGGGGUAUUAUCUGCCUGCUGCCAUGCAGGAUUGUUGGGUUAUGGUCGUCGAGUUUUCAACUCCAUGAAAGAACUGCAUGGAAUAGAGCCCAAGCUAGAACACUACAGCUGCAUGGUUGACCUUCUUGGCCGAUGUGGAAAGCUGAUAGAGGCCGAACAGUUGAUUAGAGGAAUGGUUUGGAAGGCUGAUGUGGUUAUUUGGGGGUCCCUGUUGAGAUCCUGUCAAUGCCAUGGGAAUAUAGAAAUUGCAGAACGAGUGGUUAAGGAGAUUCUGCUCUUGGAUCCCAACAAUCAUGGCGUUUAUGUUGGUUUAUCCAAUAUGUAUGCAGAGUCUGGACGAUGGGAAGAUGUUUUAUGGACAAGGAAGGAAAUGAAACAUGGUAGUCUGAAGAAAACUUCUGGAUGGAGCUAUGUUAAUAAGUAAAGCUACGUUAUCUGAACCAAUUUAGGGAAUCUGCACUCUUAGCGUGGGACUAUCCAGUAUCUUCAGAUAUAAACUCAUGACAAGUCAUCAGAUGUUAAUAUUUUAUUUUGCUUUGAAAAGUCAUGACAAGUCAUCAGUGGUUUGCUUUGAAAAAACUCACAAUCUUCCAUCCAACAAAACCAAUUGUGAGAUCUUCUUGGCAACAUUAGUAGGUCAUUUGACGCCUUCAGCAGCACUAGAGAAGCUUCAUCCAUUCUGUCGGGCUUACUCAAUGAUUUUUUCCUGAGUCCUGACUAUAUCAGGACAUUGAAGGUGAUGAAGCACUUGAGUUGCAACCAAUGCAAGAAGGAAGAAUCUCUUCUUAACGAUAUGCUUUAAAACAGAAAAAUGUCAGAACGGUCUGGAUCUUGUAUUUUUGGGAUAAAGAAUGGUGUUGGAGCUCUUGGAAGGUACAAAUUUGUCAAUGUCAGAGUGUGAUGAUACAAGUAAGUUUUCUUUUCAUGAAUUACAGUGUUAGUUUUUGACAUUAUAAGUUUUUAAAAGAAGUUGCUUGAAGCAUAUUAUUGGUGUUUUCAUCAUUGUGAUUUAAACCAAGAACUUUACAUCUUUUAAGUGCUUUUAGUGUUAAAAUUUUUCUUUAUAUGGUCGAUGCGGUGGUUUGGCCAUGUGCUUAGAAGAUCGAGUGAUGUACCUGUUAGACGAGUUGAGAGGUGGGGAGAAGAGGUGGGGAGGAGAGGGAAAGGAAGAAAAGAGAAAGCUUAGGGAGGUAGCCAUUUAAGGUAAUUAUGAAACCAACACGAUAAAAAUGUGAUCGGACAAGCUAUGUCCUUAAAUGCCUAGAUGGCAAUUGUAGUUGGAUGAUGCAUGCAUCAAAUAUAAAGAACUCAUCCAAGUUUGUGAUUUGAAGAUAUAACAAGGUUCGCAACUAUUCGGUUGGAAGUCGCAAUAGAACAUUCAGGCAAACAAGAGGUUGAAUAGAUAGGAAAUUUUUCUACUAUUAGGAUAGAAGAUUUACUUUAAGGUUGAAGGAACCUAAUGAGGGUAGAACCAUUUGUAAAAAUAGUUUGUUAGUCAAUCUAAAUGAUUAACCUAACUAAAUCUAAUUAUAUAUAUAUAUAUUCAAUCAAUUCACUUGGAGUUAGACUUUUAGUCAUUAAGUAUUUCUCUUGAUUGAAUAUCAAUGUUGUAAUAUUUGAAUAUGACGAUUUUUCAAUUUUAUGUAUUAAAUUUAGGAAGUUCUAAAUUAUUCUUACUUCAUUUUUAUCUUAUCAAUUCAAUAUCAAACAUAUAAACUCACUUUUCUUAAUAACAGUAUCACCUGCUUCCGUCUCAAUGUUAGUGUGACGGAGGUAGUAUAAAGAUAAAAUUAUAUAGAUUAGUAAAUAUAAUUAUCUCUACGACCAAUAUGUUCAAUCUUUAUGUAUUUAGAUUAGUAUCAACGUUUAAGUAAACCUUCUAUCCUAAUACUCGUAUAUCAAUGAGUAGAAAAAUUUUCUAUCUAUUCAACCUCUUUUUGAUCUUUACGACCAAUACAUUCAAUCUUUAUGUAUUUCGAUUAGUAUAAUAUGACCUAUAUUUUAGACUAGUCAUUUUCAGUUAUUAUUUUUCAUAACAACUAGAUUAACACAUUGUAUGAAGUUUCUCAACAUGAGCAUGUAGAGAGGAGGGGUUAAACUUGCACAUGACUUGAUGGCUCUAAACCGUUUGCAUAUUGUUGUUUGUACUUGUGCUACUGAUAAGGAUGCCUCAGACGAUACCAUACCUUGUUCCACGCAUUUGCAUUUGCUUUUAGAAGAUGAAGUUUAGCAAAAACAAAACAACCAAUGUUGAGAUUAAUGAGUCUUUCUUUUCAAUGACCAUAAGUAUAUGAGAACAUAUAAUGUAUAAACUAGUUUGUGUUUAUUAAUGUUAAAUUAAUUAUUUCAUGAAUCACAAAAUAUUUUUGUUUGAAUGACGUGAAGUCACAAGCAUAAUGGUAUCACCACUUUAAUCGUUUGAUUAGUACACUUAAUUAUGCGAUAGACGAUUAUGUUAAGAUGUUGAAAGAAUGUGGGACCUCUAUAAGUCUUAAAAAGUAUGCCACGAUAACAAUAAGACUCACGCUGCUAAAUUUCCUUGAUAAUUUCUUUUACAUAUGAAUUAAAUGGUUUGGAACAUUUUUUUAUAUAGAGGAGCGGACCAAAAUUAUGACUUCCCCGCGAGAAAGUGUACCCCGUGAAAGACAAUCUCUUGUCUCCAUCACAUGGCUGCCUAAGAGUUUCAGGCAGUGACAAACGACCCCAUUAGCUAUCAACAUCAACAAAGUUAUCGGUAGGCCAAGACUCUCCUGCUUCUUUAUAGUUCUACUUGCCAAAGUGACACUCACCCCCCAUCAAAAUCGAUCUUUCUCUAUCUCUCUGAGAAAAUAUACUCGUAUAUAGAGAUAAAAGAAUUUUGGUUGGUGCACAUCUUAGUCUGCCUUUUUAAUCAUACAUUGUUGGAGCACUUUUUCCCACUUAGAAUCCAUUGCAUCAUUUGGGGUUUCUUUUGGUGUCAAUUUUCAGUUUAUUUUAUCAAGAACAGAAAAAGCACUUGCGUUACUUUAUUGACUUGAACUUCAUACUUGUUUUGCUUAACAUCAGGGGUGGAGACAGGGGAGGCUGGCAGGGUCUCGAUCCCCCAAGAAAAAUUUGUGAUGUACUACGUAUAUACAAACGGAUAAAUAUUUGUAAGCAGUAAAAUAU